AUGGCGUGCUACAUCUAUCUCCGCCGCCUCCUCUGCCGUCGCUGGCGUUGGGUUGCUUCGAUUCCGACUGAAUUUUCAUCCGAUCUCUGCGCGAACACUGUCGUUUCUUCUCAACAUAUUUUCUUUUCGUGCCCCAAUUUCCUCCGCAAACGGUGGCUCAGCACCAACGCCGAGACGGCGGGUCCUCCCGAGCUGGCCGGGAUGACCGCGUACGAUAUCCUUGAGGUGUCUCGGACCAGCUCAUUAGCUGAAAUCAAAGCCUCUUUUCGUAGAUUGGCCAAGGAAACUCAUCCUGACCUAGCUCACUCGCAAAACCAUUCCGCUUUAGCUUCUAGGAAAUUCGUUCAAGUCCUCGCUGCAUACGAGAUUCUCUCGGACUCUACAAAGAGAGCUCAUUAUGAUCACCAUCUUCGGUCGAAACGGGUCCCCAUCGAGCAACACUAUAGGCGGGGUGCUACCAUCUUUAAAUACAACACCCACCAGCACCAGGCUGAGCAGAUGGAGGUUGUAGAGUGGUUAAAAUGGUACAGACAUGCAAUUAAUGAUGUUUUAUCUGAAAGAAGAGUGACAUCUGGGUCGGGUUAUUUUGAUAUGCUGGAGAGGGACUUCUAUUCCGCCAUGCGUGCGGCAUAUUACGGACCCGAGAUUGAGUCUGUGGAUCGCCUUCCUGACCGAUUUGAGGCCGAGGAGAGGUCUGUGCAAACCACUCCAGAGGUACUACACUUGGUUUCGGGUCGGGACCUUUUUGGGAUGGUAUGCCUAGCUGAUAAGCAAUAUCAACUAUCGUGUGCGCACACUGAAAAACUAGGUUCCACGGCUUUGAAUUCGGUCCCGUUGUCUCAUAAUGUGAGCACAAGGUUAAAAAGUGAUGUAAAUGAAGAUUUGGGCUUCUUGAAGCAAUCCAGUCAUGCUGAUUUUCUAUCGUCCGAUGCAUAUAGAGAUUUAGAGUUGCACUUAUCGGGUAGAGUUAUUGCUGUGGCUACAAGGACUCCACCUGGAAGUGGUGCUGCGAGUGUGGAUGAGGAUUCUAUAGACCAGAUACAUGUUUAUCUUGCUUCAUGCGAGGACCGAUUGCAUGCAGAUUCCUCGCUGGAAUCUGAAUUUCUCUUGGGAGUUAUAAAAGGUCUGGGGACCACCUCGGAAGAAGCGACUUGCUAUGUCUACAAUGGUGCUGGUGUUAAGACACAUAUGAUUAUGAAGCAUCGAACAUUGUUGGUGAAACAUUUGCAUUGGUUUCAUGUUGGAGAGAAAGUUUCAGUGUGUGAAUGCAGAUGCACUCGAGCCCGUUUGCCACCAAGCAAAUUUUGGUUGUUUGAGCCUCGUAGUGCGAUGCAUGACAUAGGAGGGUGGUACAUUGAGACAUUUGGAAGAGAUAAUAAAGGAAAAACUGUUCCAGGGCAAAGAUAUUGGGACAAUUUGGAUACCAAUGCACAUAGUGAGGAAAGACUUCAUCCGGCAGUCUAUUUGCUUGCUCUUGCCUAUAGAACUCUAGAUAUUGAAGAUGCUAGAAGAGGGAAAAAGACAUUUAAGGACAAAGUUGAGGCGAAAAUGUCUAAUAUAUUGAGCUGGCGCAAAAAAUUUACCUAA